AUGGCAGCCGUAGUUACCCUUUUCUUAUUCCUCCUUUUCUCUGUUUCUUUAGUGUAUGGUUGUUCGUAUGGUUCUGUACGACUCUACGAUAAUGGUAGUGUAAAUCAAACAGACAGGGGAACAGUUCAAUAUUGUUAUUCUGGUUAUUGGAACAAUGCAUGUAAUGUGGGAUGGGAUUGUCCUGAAGCUAAUGUCGCUUGUCGUCAGCUAGGAUACUUAGGAGCCAGUACUUAUUAUCAAAAUGCUCAGCAAUAUUUUGGUUCCACUGGUUAUUCCAGACGAUAUUACUACUCUUGUUCUGGUUCUGAAUCAUCACUUACAAGUUGCAGUAGCUCUUAUUAUUAUUCUUGUCAAUCCUCUAGUUAUGCUGCUGGAGUGCAGUGUAUUGGAGAAAUUGAUGCUAACAACAAUACUGCUAAUUGCUCUGAGUCAGGAUCAGUACAACUGACAGGAGGUGCAACUGAUUCAGAAGGAGUAUUACACUAUUGUUACAAUGGUGCUUGGGUUCAAUUUUGUUCGUUGGGUGAUAAGGAAGCAACUGUAGCUUGUAAACAAUUAGGUUAUGAACCAUUUGCAAGGUUUAUUUCUCUAUCUGAUCUGGAUUCCUGGGAACUAGGCUAUUCCCCACUCACUAUCUCAUGUAGUAGUUAUGCUACUGAAUCGGAUUUGUCUAGCUGUUCAGUAUCUUCAUCUUCAUCAUCUUCAUCUUGCAUUUCUAGCUCUCUAAGCUGUGCAUCUCCUAAAGCUAUUAGAUGCUAUAGACAAAGUAGUUCAUGCACUGAUGGCAGUGUCCGUUUAGUCAACGGAUCAGUAUAUCAGGAAGGAAGAGUAGAAGUAUGUGUUGAUGGAGUUUGGGGCCCAGUCUGCAGCAGUGGGUGGGAUACUACUGAUGCUAGGGUAAUCUGCAAACAGUUAGGAUAUGCAGACUCUGGUAGGCCUGACGUUUCUGCUUAUGAUAAUCAAAAUGAUAAUCAAAGAAGAGCUGUAUUUCUAUCUAAUGUUACUUGCAAUGGAAUAGAAUCCUCACUGGAUGAUUGUGAUAAAGUAUUAUAUCCACUAAAUGUUGCAAAGCAAUUAGCUGAUACAACUGAUGAAAUAGCUGCUGUUGCUUGCAUCAUGACCACACCUACAGUGAAUUCUGCUGCAAAAUCUGAGGAUCCUUAUUUUAUAGCAUUUUGUAUCCUGGGUGCUGUUGUAUUGGUGUUGCUUAUUGUUAUGUGUGUCAUUGUAGGAUCAAAAUUGAGGGACAUUAGAAAGAAAAGGAGACUCACAAGUCGUCCCCUUCCAUCAAUACAACUGACUAAUGUUGAUGCAAGAUACGAGAUGGUUAAUGAGGACGAUGAUGAUGAUAAUGAUGAUCUCAAAAAUGUAUCUCAAGAUGAAUUUCCAGCCACAUCUCAAGAGGAAGCCUAUAGUUGUUCAUCUGGCUCUGUACGACUAUACAAUCAUGGUAGUGUAAGUCAAGCAGGCAGAGGAACAGUUCAAUAUUGUUAUUCUGGUUAUUGGAACAAUGCAUGUAAUGUGGGAUGGGAUUGUCCUGAAGCUAAUGUCGCUUGUCGUCAGCUAGGAUACUUAGGAGCCAGUACUUAUUAUCAAAAUGCCCAGCAAUAUUUUGGUUCCACUGGUUAUUCCAGACGAUAUUACUACUCUUGUUCUGGUUCUGAAUCAUCACUUACAAGUUGCAGUAGCUCUUAUUAUUAUUCUUGUCAAUCCUCUAGUUAUGCUGCUGGAGUGCAGUGUAUUGGAGAAAAUACUAACAAUACUGCUAAUUGCCCUGAGUCAGGAUCAGUACAACUGACAGGAGGUGCAACUGAUUCAGAAGGAGUAUUACACUAUUGUUAUAAUGGUGUUUGGGUUCAAUUUUGUUCGUUGGGUGAUAAGGAAGCAACUAUAGCUUGUAAACAAUUGGGUUAUGAACCAUUCGCAAGGUUUAUUUCUCUAUCUGAUCUGGAUUCCUGGGAACAAGGCUAUUCCCCACUCACUAUCUCAUGUAGUAGCUAUGCUACUGAAUCGGAUUUGUCUAGCUGUUCAGUAUCUUCAUCUUCAUCAUAUUCAUAUUCAUCUUGCAUUUCUAGCUCUCUAAGCUGUGCAUCUCCUAAAGCUAUUAGAUGCUAUAGACAAGAUAGUUCAUGCACUGAUGGCAGUGUCCGUUUAGUCAAUGGAUCAGUAUAUCAGGAAGGAAGAGUAGAAGUGUGUGUUGAUGGAGUUUGGGGCUCAGUCUGCAGCAGUGGGUGGGAUACUAAUGAUGCUAGGGUUGUCUGCAAACAGUUGGGAUAUGCAGACUCUGGGGGUCUUGUUGGUGAAGUGGCUUAUGAUUCCACCAAUCAAAGUUUAAUACAAAACAUAACUUGUAAUGGCACCACACAUUCAAUCAGUGACUGUAUCAUUAAUGAAGGAUCAUGUACAUGCCAAGAAGUGAUUAGUUUGACUUGUUAUGAGCCAACAGGCUGUGAAGAAGGUGCCGUACGUAUAACUGAUGGACUGAUCGAGAAUGAAGGAAGACUGGAGGUGUGUGUUGAUGGAGUUUGGGGUAGCGUCUGUGAUGAUGGGUGGGAUAAAACAGAUGCUCAUGUUGCAUGUCAACAAUUAGGAUUCUCAGAGCUAGAGCCUGAAGCAUAUUAUGGCUCAACAUUUGGAGUAUCUACUGGACCAAUUAUGUACUCUAACGUAAAAUGUGGUGGCUGGGAGACUAGCCUUGACGAAUGUGCUAAAACUAACUAUGUUAAUUUUACUUGUACUGGAGAUAGGAUUGCUGGGGCAUUCUGUCUUGAUGGAUGCAGGAAUGGUGACAUUAGAUUAUCAGGCUAUAAUCAAUUUGAAGGAGUUGUACAAAUUUGUGUUGAUAAUGUUUGGGGAGUUAUCUCUGGUGAGAGUUGGACUUAUGAUAACUCUUUAGUUAUUUGCCGUCAACUUGGUUAUGAUAAAAGUAGGCCUGACGUUUCUGCUUAUGAUAAUCAAAAUGAUAAUCAAAGAAGAGCUGUAUUUCUAUCUAAUGUUACUUGCAAUGGAAUAGAAUCCUCACUGGAUGAUUGUGAUAAAGUAUUAUAUCCACUAAAUGUUGCAAAGCAAUUAGCUGAUACAACUGAUGAAAUAGCUGCUGUUGCUUGCAUCAUGACCACACCUACAGUGAAUUCUGCUGCAAAAUCUGAGGAUCCUUAUUUUAUAGCAUUUUGUAUCCUGGGUGCUGUUGUAUUGGUGUUGCUUAUUGUUAUGUGUGUCAUUGUAGGAUCAAAAUUGAGGGACAUUAGAAAGAAAAGGAGACUCACAAGUCGUCCCCUUCCAUCAAUACAACUGACUAAUGUUGAUGCAAGAUACGAGAUGUUUUGUGAUUUCUUUAAAAGAAUAAUAUGA